GAGCCAGGGGCGGUGAGAGGGGUUUUAGCCUUUUAGGCCAACCGCAAAACAUUAGCAUCUAGGGUUUUACAAUCUGAAGGAGAAGGAGAAGAAGAGAGUGAGAGGGGAUAUGGAUUCGUUUUCGUCGCCGUCAAGUGGAUCAUCGUCGCAAUUCUCGACGCAUGACAUCAUGGACCAGGUCAAAACUCAGCUCGCCCAGGCUUACGCUGAGCAAUUUCUCGAGACGGUGAGGGAGAAAUGCUUCGACAAGUGCAUCACCAAACCAGGGAGUAGUCUAAGUGGGAGCGAAAGUAGUUGUGUCUCCAGGUGUGUUGAUCGAUAUAUCGAGGCUACUGGUAUAAUCAGCAAAGCUCUCUUCAGUCAACGCUGAAACUGUUGGCUUGCUAGCUCGGGAAAUGCUGGAAUGCAUCUCUUUAAUCAUUAUAAACUUUUGAUACCCUUUCUCAUUUCUCAACAUUUUUAAACGAUGAGCAUUUUGUAAAAGCUGAUACUCAGGUGAACUUUUGUCCCUUGUCAAUGGGCAGCACAAACCGUUAUCUAGAGUAUACUGCCAAAAAGCUGUUCCAAGUCCUAUUGAUUGCGA